UUCAUUCAUCCGAAAUCCCCACCCCAUCCAUCCAUACCCUGCCAGUCUUCUCGUCUCUCUCGUCGGCGGCCGUGGUGUCCCCUCCCCUCCUCUCCUCCCAGCAAGAUCCGGUGUGCCGGCGUACCAGCACCUCCACCCGUCUGACGGUGACGGCCUGACGGGCGAUGCGCUGGGCGGGCCUCCGUCGGCACGAGUUCCUCUCAGCCGGGCGGUCCUAGCAGCUCACGGCCCCACCAUCUGGCAGGUAGCCGGCGGCGGAGCAGCAGUGCCUUCUCCUUUGACGGGCAACACGCCCACACGGCAACAAGACCUUCUCCUUCGGCACCGCGACCCAUCUCCUCCCUUCGCUCCCCCAGCGCCCGCCGCUCUCCACGCGGUCGGGCCGUGCGCCGCUUUCCACGCUCCCCUGCCCAGCUGCAGCUCGAGUCCGGCUGGUGCGGCAGCACCCUCCCUUCCCACGACUUCUCUGUUCUUUCUCUCGGCCUCGUCUUCCUUUCCUAGCGGCGACCACAGGGCGAGUUGUUCUGCCCGUUGUUCGUCGAGCGACGGGCGCUUCGCCGGCGACGAACAUCCGACAGGGCUUGUUCUUGGAGAAGGGUUUGCUGAGGAAGCCGCAGCCAGUUAGCCAUGUCGUCCUCCGUGCUUAGGGCUGCGGCCAACAGGGCCAUCCGGAGGCAGGCCCUCACGCUGACGGAUGCCGCAGCGUCCAGGAUCCGGCAGCUCCUCAGCCUGAGGCAGCGGCCAUACCUGCGGCUCGGCGUCAAAGCCCGAGGCUGCAACGGCCUCUCAUACACGCUCAACUAUGCCGAUGAGAAGGGGAAGUUUGAUGAGCUUGUCGAGGAGAAAGGGGUUAAAGUGCUUAUCGACCCCAAGGCAUUAAUGCAUGUUAUUGGCACCAAGAUGGACUAUGUUGAUGAUCCACUGAAGUCCGAGUUUGUGUUCAUAAACCCAAAUUCCAAAGGGGAGUGUGGCUGCGGUGAAUCUUUUAUGACUACAAGCAGCAAAGGGUCCACAUCAUGAUGCGUUUUGCGUUGUAAAUGCAUAAGCAAAGUAUCGGAGGCCUCAGCUACUGAUUUUGUUGGGUCUGUUGUGUUGCAACCUUGCAGGACAUGCCACAAGAGUGGUUACCUAAUGGAUGCACCUAACUUGCAUGUACUUCUUUGUUCACCCCAGCCAUGUUGUAUACAUGGAGUGAUUUAUCCAUGUUCUGUAUAUUUUGAUGGCUCACGAUAUAAGACCUCGAAAGUUUAUCAAAUUUUUAGCGCCA